CAUUGGGUUUACACUUAACACUCACCUCACUGCUCUGUUCUGCUCAGCAGCAACAACAACAAUGGCAAGCAUACACAGCAGCAAGACCAGACCUUUCGCUUCACACCAGACUGUAACCCCAUGCACUCGCACCCACCAGAUCGGCGCUCUAGCUCUCGUCAUCAUCACUUUCUUCGUCACCAGAAUCUUCGACCAGUCACUCAAUUCCUCUUCCUUCUCAACCCCUACUUCUGGACAAUACAGAUCCAAGAACGACGUCGUACGGUUCUCCGAUUCCGGUGGGUCCAUCUUUUGGCCACAACGUGGGUAUGGGACCCAUCUUUCCCUGAAGAUUUAUGUGUAUGAUGAGAAUGAAAUUGAUGGGUUAAAACACUUGUUGUAUGGCCGUGAUGGGAAGAUUUCGCCUGAUUCUUGCGUUAAAGGACAAUGGGGUACUCAGGUUAAGAUACAUAGGAUGCUUUUGCAGUCAAGGUUCCGGACCAGAAAGAAAGAAGAGGCGGACCUUUUCUUUGUGCCUGCUUAUCCUAAGUGUGUUCGAGUGAUGGGCGGACUGAAUGACAAAGAGAUUAAUCAGACCUAUGUGAAGGUCCUAAGUCAAAUGCCAUAUUUCAGGUUAUCCGGUGGCCGCAACCACAUAUUUGUCUUCCCAAGUGGUGCUGGAGCUCAUUUAUUUAAAUCGUGGGUGACAUACUUGAAUCGGUCUAUAAUACUUACCCCUGAGGGGGAUCGCACAGAUAAAAGAGAUACUAGCGCCUUUAAUACAUGGAAAGAUAUUAUCAUACCUGGAAACAUUGAUGAUGGGAUGACUACUCAUGGCUCUAGGAUAGUUGAGCCUUUGCCUUUGUCAAAGAGGAAACAUUUAGCGAACUAUUUAGGUCGAGCACAAGGAAAGGUGGGUCGCCUUCGGUUGAUAGAACUCUCGAAGCAGUACCCAGACAAGUUGGAAUGUCCAGAAUUGAAAUUCAGUGGUCCUGACAAGCUAGGAAGGAAGGAAUAUUUUGAACAUCUCCGCAAUGCCAAGUUCUGCCUGGCUCCACGUGGUGAAUCAUCAUGGACGCUUCGCUUUUAUGAGUCCUUCUUUGUGGAAUGUGUUCCAGUAAUCCUAUCGGACCAAGCAGAAUUACCAUUUCAGAAUGUGAUAGACUAUUCUCAGAUAUCAAUCAAAUGGCCAUCCACUCAUAUAGGAACUGAACUAUUGGACUACCUAGAAUCAAUACCAGAUAAAGACAUCGAUGAAAUGAUAGCUAGGGGUCAAAAGAUCAGGUGCUUGUUCGCUUAUACACCCGAGUCUGAUUCCUGCUCUGCAUUUAAUGCAAUUAUGUGGGAACUGCAGAGAAAAGUAAGGCAAUUCCACCAGUCAUCAGAAACUUUCUGGCUCCAUAAUAGAACUAUAGUCAACAGAAAUUUGGUGGAAUUCAGCAAGUGGAAACCACCCAUGCCUCUGCCUUGAACACGUUUUUCACGACUUGUAGAUCAAUUGUGCUUUUGUUAUAGUCGCAUCUGUAAUUGUUCCAGAGCUAUAAAGAAAAUCUCACUAACUAUUCUUAUUAUUUGUUCACCCUGAUAAAAGAAAUUUGCACAUUCUUUUUUUCGUGUUUUCUCCUGAUGUAUAGGUUGUCAUUUGUCAAAGGAAUUGUGGUUCCUUAGGCUAUUCUGAAGACUAUAAUGUUAAGCUCCUCUGUUUACUAGUUUUUGAUAUGUAUCUUCAUAUGAUUAUUGUGUUU